GCUCGCCACAUCAUCUGCAUGCCAAAUUAGACCCAUUGAAGGACAAACUGUGAGGUACCGCGUUUUAAUGGAAAGAUGGUUUUCCAGAUCUGCUUUGUCGCAUUCAUUCUCUGGCUCAGAGCAUCAUCUGCACUUGAUGACGGAUGGAACGCCGAAAUACCAAGGUCCAUAGUGGGUCUGUCUGGCUCAUGUGUGGUGAUCCCCUGCAAGUUCAACUACCCAUCAGACGGAAGGACACACAAAGAAUUUACAGGAAUCUGGUUCAAUGAUAAAUCUGACAUAAUCUACCAUAAAGAGGCCUCCAAAAUAAUCAGAACAUUCAAGGGUCGCUCCAGUCUUGGCGAUCUGCGUCACAACAACUGCACUUUGAAAAUCAGCUCUUUACAACACAGCGACUCAGGAUCAUACAAGUUCCGGAUCGAGAUAAAAGAUUUCAACAAGGCCACAUUCUCGAAAAAUCCAGUUUCUAUUACAGUGAAAGAUUCACCAGACCUACCCACCAUCUCUGUGGAUGAGGAAGUGACAUCACAGAAAGAAGUGACCGCUACCUGUGCUGUGUCACAUUCCUGUCCGUCUGACCCGCCGCGUCUCACCUGGAGCCACAAAGGCAUAAAAACAAGUGACUCACAACCACAAAAGGAUGGCCAAUGGAAGUUAACAUCAUCUCUGACUUUCACACCAUCCAGAGAAGACCAUAAUAAACCUCUCAGCUGCUCCGCAGAGUUCACUCCAGCAAAGACAGCGUCCAACAACAAAAAGCUCAAAGUGAAAUAUCCUCCAUAUAACGUGAAUGUCCAGAGUAAAUCACAAGUGAAGGAGAAUGAAUCCGUUGAACUGAACUGCUCCAGUGACAGUAAUCCUCCUCCUGACAGCUUCCAGUGGUUCGGCUCAACUGGAUCUCUGCUGGAAAAUAGAUCCACAUAUAGACUUAAUCAUGUGACCCGUUAUACUGAAGCCAUUUCCUGCACCGCCACUAACACAGAGGGAAAAACCAGUUCAGCUCCUCAUAAGUUUAAUGUGUUGUAUCCUCCUGAGAUUAAAAACGGGUCUUCCUGUGAAUCACAGACUUUUGUAGUCUGUGUGUGUAUUGUGGACUCAAACCCUCCCAGUGAAGUCAAGUGGCUCGGUCCCUCGAGUGCUUUCCCCAGCUCCAGUGUUGAACAAAAUGGGUCUCUUACCAUAUUCACCCUACAGGGAUGGCUGGGUUUCCCAGACACCGUCCAUUGCUCUGCCAGUAACAGUGAAGGAAACUCUGUCAUGACUCUGUCAGUGCCGCAUCAUGGUUUAGUAAUAUAUCUUGCUGUUGCUACAGCUGCUGUUGUAGUUAUUUUAGUGGUCAUUUCAGCGUGUGUAGCCAAGAGACGCUGUGGGCGCAGAGAUGAACGACAGAAUGACCAGAAUAAAAUGAAGACAAUCCAAAAGUCUUGCUUUGACAGGGAGAAACAGAAACGCAAUGACAUUUACAUAAACCAAGAUAACCAGCGUGUUUGUACGAAUUAUGAAUGCAAUGACAGACGCCUGCCUUCUGUGCCUGAUGAAAAUGAAGCGGUCUACGCUAACACAUAAAAAAUAUAAGCAUUAUAUCUUUACGUAUUGUAUCCAAAUGCCUAUUUCUGAUGGUUCUACACUUACAUUGUAAUGGUAUGUUGUUAGUUCCUUUCGAAAGGCAUAUGCACAAAAAUAUAAGCAGUAAAAAUAAUAAUGGAAAUGAUUAGUUAAAGAUAUUUAAGAUAUACGACUUUUUGACGAACUAAUCAACAUUGGCCCCCACUGACUUCCUCUGAAUGGACACAAAAACAUUUCUCAGAAUAUCUUCUUAUGUGUUCUGCAGAACAACAUGAGGGUGAAUAAAUUAAUUUAAUGAAUUCAUUCAGUAAUUUACUAUUCCAUGGUGUAUAAAAGUGUAUUACAAAGGUAAAGCAAUACUUCACGCCAUGUAAAUACUUCAUGUAAUAAUAAGCAAUCUAUGCUCUAUUAUUUCUAAUUCAGUAGAUAGAAAAUUAAACACAAAUAACAUAUUUCAGAGUGUAUUGUUGUGUAUGUGUUGAUUAAGUUCCUUAAUUCUAUAUCCAUAUUCUAGAUCAUAUCAAGCUAAAAAUAUGUUCGAUUUGGUUUACUAACCCUCAUACAAACUUGCAGACAAAAGUAGAUUUUUAUGCUAAUGAGCUGUGAUAUAUAAAUGGUCCUUAAAGCAUUUUUGAUAAUGUGUAAACAAGGACCCCUAGUGGUCACUGGAGGAAAGGUUUGGCAUGGCUGUGCCCUGAACAGACAGCUGCUGCAAACCUUUGGAUGCCUUUAGUCACAACGUAAUUUCUGUACUUACAAUUGUGUUAUUCUGAAGUUUGAUGUG